AUGGCGCUGUAUGAAUCCUUGUAUGGGCAAAAGUUUCGAUCCUCAAUUCAUUGGAAUGAAGCUAGUGAAAGAAAAUUCUUGGGUAUAGAGGAAGUUGACAAAGUUACUGAAGAUAUUAAGAAGAUUCGAGAGAGGUUGCAAACCUCCAUAGAUCAACAGCGCAAAUAUGUGGACCGGCAUCGAAGACCCUUGGCAUUUGAAGCUGGAGAUAAGCUGCUCCUGAAGGUGGCUUCUUUGAAUGGAGCUCUGCGUUUCGGUAAGAAAGGAAAAUUAUGUCCAAGGUAUAUCAGACCUUUUUCUGUAGUGGAGAAAAUCGGCAUGGUAGCCUACCGAUUAGCUCUCCCACCUACAUUGGCUCAAGUACAUGAUUUAUUCCAUGAAUAUAUCCUGAGAAAGUAUGUGGAAGACCUGAGCCAUGUACUUAGUUAUGAACAAUUGGAGGUGGAUUCGAAACUGUGUUAUGAGGAGAACCAAAUAAGAAUUCUGGAUCGUAAAGAUAUGGUGCUGCGUAAUAAGACUAUACCCUUGGUUAAGGUGCAAUAG